GGGAUAUAGUCCUUUGGCCUUUAUAAUUCAUCACUUUACAUAAAAUUUCCUCGCCUCUCCGAAUCAUUUAGACGGAAACACAGAAAGCUAAAUCUUUACCCUGAAGUCCACUCUCUCUCUCCGCUAAUCAGAUAGAAGAAGAUGUGGAAGCUGAAGAUUGCUGAGGGUGGGGAUGCAUGGCUGAGAACAACGAACGAGCAUGUUGGAAGACAAAUUUGGGAGUUCGAUCCAAAGGCUGGGUCGCCGGAAGAGUUGGCGGAGAUCGAAACGGUACGACAGCAUUUUUGGGACCACCGUUUUGAGAAGAAGCACAGUUCAGAUCUUCUCAUGCGUAUUCAGUUUUCCAAGGAGAAUCCACUUGGUGCAAUUUUACCUCAAGUCAAAGUGAAAGAUGAAGAAGAUUUUACUGAAGAGACAGUGACAAACACGUUAAGAAGAGCUUUAACUUACCAUUCAACUCUCCAGGCUCAUGAUGGGCAUUGGCCGGGGGAUUAUGGAGGUCCAAUGUUUCUUAUGCCUGGUUUGGUAAUUACUUUGUCUAUAACUGGAGCAUUGAAUGCUGUUCUAUCUGAAGAACAUGAAAAGGAGAUGCGCCGUUAUCUCUACAAUCAUCAGAACAAAGAUGGUGGGUGGGGUUUACACAUUGAGGGUCCGAGCACCAUGUUUGGUACAGUUCUGAAUUAUGUUGCUUUGAGGUUGCUUGGAGAAGGAGCUAAUGAUGGGGAAGGAGCAAUGGAGAGAGGGCGUGACUGGAUUCUGAAUCAUGGUGGUGCAACCGCAAUAACAUCAUGGGGGAAAAUGUGGCUCUCAGUACUUGGAGCAUUUGAAUGGUCUGGCAAUAAUCCCCUGCCCCCUGAAAUAUGGCUUCUUCCUUAUGUGCUCCCUUUCCACCCAGGAAGGAUGUGGUGCCACUGCCGCAUGGUCUAUUUGCCUAUGUCUUACUUGUAUGGAAAGAGGUUUGUUGGUCCAAUCACUCCCACAGUUUUAUCUCUUCGAAAGGAGCUUUACACUGUCCCAUAUCAUGAAAUAGAUUGGAAUCAAGCACGUAACCUAUGUGCAAAGGAAGAUUUGUACUAUCCACACCCACUGGUCCAGGAUGUACUUUGGGCAUCACUUCACAAGAUUGUUGAACCCAUUCUAAUGCAUUGGCCUGGAAAGAAGUUGAGAGAAAAGGCUCUUCAAAAUGCAAUUGAGCACAUACACUAUGAAGAUGAAAAUACUCGAUAUAUUUGUAUAGGUCCUGUGAACAAGGUAUUGAACAUGCUUUGCUGUUGGGUGGAAGAUCCAAACUCAGAGGCUUUCAAGUUGCAUCUUCCAAGAAUCUAUGAUUACCUGUGGGUUGCUGAAGAUGGCAUGAAAAUGCAGGGAUAUAAUGGAAGUCAAUUAUGGGACACUGCUUUCACUGUUCAAGCAAUAAUUUCAACCAAUCUUAUUAAGGAAUAUGGUACAAUUCUGAAGAAAGCACAUACUUACGUAAAGAAUUCACAGGUUUUAGAAGAUUCUCCAGGUGAUCUUGAUUCUUGGUAUCGUCACAUUUCAAAAGGUGCUUGGCCCUUCUCAACUGCAGAUCAUGGAUGGCCCAUCUCAGACUGCACCGCAGAGGGACUAAAAGCUGCUCUCUUAUUAUCAAAAUUACCUGUCGAGAUUGUUGGCAGACCAUUAGACACAAAUCGGUUGUAUGAUGCUGUAAAUGUUAUUCUUUCUUUUCAGAAUGCCGAUGGUGGUUUUGCAACAUAUGAACUCACGAGAUCUUACCCUUGGUUGGAGUUGAUCAAUCCAGCUGAAACUUUUGGUGAUAUCGUGAUUGAUUAUCCUUAUGUGGAAUGUACAUCAGCUUCAAUUCAAGCUUUGAAGUCGUUUCAGAAAUUGUAUCCUGGGCAUCGACAAGAAGAAAUAGAUCAUUGCAUCAGAAAGGCCACCAUGUUCAUUGAAAAGAUUCAAGAAUCUGAUGGCUCAUGGUAUGGGUCAUGGGGUGUGUGCUUCACCUAUGGUACAUGGUUUGCGGUGAAAGGUUUGGUAGCUGCUGGAAAGAAUUACAAUAAUUGCUCUAGCAUCCGCAAAGCUUGUGAUUUUCUGCUGUCCAAACAGCGUUCAUCUGGUGGUUGGGGAGAGAGUUACCUAUCAUGUCAAAAUAAGGUUUAUUUGAACCUCGAAGGUGACAGGUCUCAUAUAGUAAAUACUGGAUGGGCUAUGUUGGCUCUUAUUGAUGCUGGACAGGCCAAUAGAGAUCCAACACCGCUGCAUCGCGCUGCAAGAUAUUUGAUAAAUUCCCAAAUGCAGAAUGGAGAUUUUCCACAGGAGGAGAUCAUGGGAGUGUUCAAUAGAAAUUGUAUGAUCACUUAUGCUGCAUAUAGAAACAUUUUCCCUAUUUGGGCAUUGGGGGAGUACCGUUGUCGUGUAUUACAGGCUUCAACAUAGCUAGUAUUUUAAUUUUCCAUAUAUUCUGUUCAGAAGUUGUCGGGUUAUCACAGGCUAUGAGUAGAACAUAGCUAUCAUUUUAAUUUUCCAUAUGUUUUGAAUUUUCUA